AUGGGGCUGGCCGAAACGAGCGAGACAAGCGAGGCAAGCGAGUCCCAAAGGCGCUCCUCCUCCUUCAGGCAGCAGCAUUUCCAGCCAGCCAGCAAUCGGCAGGAGUGA